AUGACGUCCACCUUCAUGUCCAACUACAUUCUUGGCAUGGUAAGUGCCCAACCAACUAUCCCUAUUUCCCUCAUACAAGAGAGGAUAAGUGGUCAGCUCAAUUAUAAGGUGUCAUACUUUAAAGCUUGGAAGGCGAAGCAAAAAGCACUUGCUCGCGUGUUCGGUGAUUGGGAGGAGUCUUACGACCUGCUCCCUAGGUGGUUGGAAUAUAUGCUGAGGUUUUCCCCUGGAUCCCAUUACGAGUUUGUCACAUGUGAUCGCCGCGUGCGCCAACCAGAGUUUAGACUAUCUUCAAUAUGUGGACCCUGUUUAUACGAUUCAGAACAUUGUGGAUGCGUAUUCAGGGCAGUGGUACCCCAUUGGGAAUGAUCUGAACAUGCCGCCCAGAGCUGGGCCUAUAAUUGCUCCAGAUCCUGCCAAAAUACGGAAGAAGGGUCGUCCAAGGUCUACCCGUAUAAGAAAUGAGAUGGACUUGAGGGAGAAUCAAUCUCAGCCGAG